ACUGACAGAAAAACCAAUCCGCAGUCUGUCUUCACGAGCUGACCGACCUUUUCAGAACUUCAGCAAGUUAAGCUAGGUAAUGCAGCAAGUAGACGUUUUAAAUAAUGACUAUGUGGACAUACGAAUAGCGAUAAGCUGAUGUCUGGUGUUCAUAAGGAUGUGAUGUUUACCUCUCCAAACCAGACGAGUGUCUGAUCUCUCAUGGGGGCGAUCACUACUAUGGACCCAGAGUCACCCCGGCAACCCCAGGUCUUGCCUCAGCAGCAGGGGAAGCUCGGUAAAGGUGGACUUGCCCUGGGGGCGGUGUUAGGGCAUCAAGGGAAACACUAUGUGUGUGGCUCUGUCGCUGCCUUCACCAAUAUCAUCGUCACCUUCCCCAUCCAGAAAGUUCUCUUCCGCCAGCAGCUGCACGGCGUGCGGGCAGGCGAGGCUGUCCGGCAGCUUCAGCGGGAGGGCAUAAGGAACCUGUACCGCGGGCUUCUCCCUCCACUCUUGCAGAAGACCACCACCAUUGCCAUAAUGUUCGGACUGUACAAGGACUUCUGCCGUUUGCUCCAGCGCCACGCGCGGGGAACCCCCGAGAUCGUCACGCGGAGCAUCUCCGCGGCGCUGGCCGGCACGGCAGAGGCUGUCCUCAUGCCCUUUGAGCGAGUGCAGACCCUCCUGCAGGACCACCGGCACAACGGCCGAUUCCAUAACACGGCGCACACCUUCAGGACUCUUCUGCGGGACUAUGGUGUGAAGGAGUGUUACCGGGGGCUGGUGCCCGUGCUCCUGAGGAACGGGCCCAGCAACGUGUUGUUCUUCGGCCUCCGGGGGCCAAUCAAGCAGCGUCUGCCCGAGGCCCAGAACAGGAUAGGGCAUUUGGUAAAUGACUUUGUGUGCGGUGGGUUGCUGGGCGCAGGCUUGGGCAUCAUGUUCUACCCACUGAAUGUGGUGAAGUCACGGGCACAGGCUCAGGUAGGCGGGGCGUUUGUACCCUGCUGGCAGGUUUUGAUGACAGUGUGGAGAGAAAGAGGCGGCAGCAUAGUGCUGCUGUUUCGCGGAGCCACUCUGAACUACCACCGUUCCCUACUAUCCUGGGGCAUCAUCAACGCCACUUAUGAGCUGCUUCUCAAAGUCAUGUAACCUAAGAAAAGGGAGGAGAGGAAGACAAGUAAAGGGUGUGGUCUGAAUUCGUCAGUUUAGUUGGAAAAAAAAAAGAAAAAAAAUCUCCUCCAGUAAAAUACUGUUUACUCCUUUUUUGGAGCUGUGAAAUCCUGCCACGUUCUCUGUGUUGAUUCUCAGAUCUGAAUUGAACAGCAGCCAUGUCAAAUGAGAUCUGAAUGGAUGGGAACCAUUUGUGCUUUUGAUGCUGAAUGUUUAUUCUAUCUAUAUAGUUCUGCAUUUUUUUUUAAAUGCAGAACUUACUUUAAUAUGCCCAAACUGGCUAUAUUGUUGUGUUAGUUUGGGAAUCUGCCUAUAUUUGUGAAAGUUGGAGGUAAAGAAGAACAAGUGUUGCACUACUGAACACAUAUUUUUCCUCAGCGAAUGAGAGAGGUAGUCUGUUUGUUGUGGUACAAAUUCUAACUAUGGCCUGGACGCACAAAUUGUGGCCUGGACCAAAACAGACUAUUGGUUUGUUGGUCCAUCAGUGGUUUUGUAAUUUUGUCAUUGUCAAGUUAGUGCCAGUAGGGUUGUGUGUUGGUGCAACUGAGAAUGAGAAUGAGAAGGAGAGAGAUGAGUGGCGAGCCUUACUUGUGGACCAUCUAAGAAGAAGUUGAAAUAACCUAUUAAUUUAUAUUUGGUAAUUGGAUGAAAUCAGAUUGUGACAUGCUCAGAAUGUUUCUAGCUCUACUGAAGUUCUGUAUUGUAGUGUGUCUCAUAUUAUGAGUGUAAGAUUCUCACGUCAUUGUAAGUGAAAAGUAAAACGAAUAAUUCCUAAAUCUGUAAUGGUCUGAUCCUUAAAUCAAAUAUUAUUCAAACCUAUUAAACUCUGCAGCCAUACUCAUUCACCCUCUUGAAUUACCUGUAAAGAUAUUUCCUGUGCAGAGACAGCAGAUAGUUCUUUAAAUUCGGCGUCUGUUGGCAGAAUUUCUGCCUCACAGUAAGUUACCUACGUGACCAACAUGAUAUGACCUGUUUGAAGUUUAACCCAGGUACAGUGAUAAUAGAAUGUGUAAAAAGCUCUAACUGUGGCUGUAGUGUCAUGCAUACACCUCUGUGUCAGUCCUGUUUUUCAAAUUGCGUUUAAAACCCUGCUAGCCCAGCAUCCAGCAUAUGUAUGCAACUGGUCACACAUAAUCAGUCAGCACUAUAGGGUAUACAAAUAGUAAAAGAAUUUCAGACAGGCAAAUUGAACAAGCCAUAUUUAAACACGCAGAACCUCUAUAAGCAGAAAGAAACAGAAUGCAUUGGAAGUGUUUCAAAACUGAAAGUGAAGACGAGUUCAAACAAGGAUAUUUGUGCUCCUUUUUCUUUUUUUUUUUUGUUUGUAAUGGAAACAGUCCUGGAAAUCUGCCCUUCUUACGUGUGAACUGUCCCCCUUCCACUGCUCUUCUUUGCUCUCUCUCUCUGUUCCUCGAACAUGGCUGUAGUCACACGCUCUUUCAACUCUCCCUCCGUAACCUCUCCUGACAUAAUGGGCUCAAUUUUUGAGCUUGAGUAGAGACACGCUACCGUAUUUCCCUGGUUCUGCCGGGAUGGAUACGCCAGAGAACGGAUGGAGGGACGAGUAAAAGAGAAAGACACAGUGACCCUGAAGCAGAAACAGAAAGAGGACUGCAGUGCUUCACACAGAACGUUCAUUUCACAAGAUUCACAAGACUGUGUUUAGCGUAGCCUCUCGCUGUUGUAUUCUAUUACAGAUGUAUCCCAGGAUGGAGAAAUGUAAACAGCACGGUAUGCGCUGUACAAACCUAUCACAGCACAGUAAGGACACACAUAGAACAGCGGGCUGUGUAUAUUUAGAGUCCGAUUAGUUGGAUUAAACCAAAGUGAGAUCAAAAGACUUAACAUUGGAAAAAGACAAUCUGAUGUUCUCAUUGGUUUUAAUUGACUUGUCAGACGUGGAGGAAAUUGUGAAAAACUUUUAGGUGCAUAUUCUUUUUUUUCGUUUACAUGUUAUUCAGGUGGCCACUCAGUCUUAAUGCAGACUUCAUAAUAUGUGUCCUAUGUCAUAUAUAUCAAUCAAUAUCUUGACUGCCGCAAAUCUGUGUAUGUUGUAAGGAAACUGCUUCAGUUUUAAAUAGCAUGACACAUUUUUACUCCACUGAGUUUGUCUCAUAAAACCGCUUCUCUACCUAUAUUUUCCUUAAUAUCUCUAUAUUAUGGGUAAUUCCGUUUUCCUGGUUAAGUAUUUCAUACAUUUCAAAUUUUAAUAAUUUUUAGCUUUAAAACCUGGUUGCUGGGCUUUUCUAAGAGAAGUUUUAUAUUUGGAGAUGAUGGUGGAUUAUUUACACCUUCCAGUCAAGUUGUGUUGUAUUACAGUAAUUGCCAAUUGUGGAUAAUAGAAACCAUUAAUGUACCGGAACAACACUUCAGUAUGAAUUCUGUGAUAGUAAGAAUGAGCAAAAAGAGCAGGCUAGUAUUUGUCUGCAGUUUUCAUGCAAAUGAUAAAAGAAUUCCCCUAAAUUAUGUUAAAUAAUAUAUCAAAAAUUGAUAAUUUCAUAAAGUUCUCUAUUUUUGUAAGAGCAUACCCAUACAAUGUAUAAAGAUGAU